AGGCUCGAGAUUUGCUCCUUCUCCGGGUACAAGAUCUACCCCAGCCGCGGUCGCACUUUCAUCCGCAGUGAUGGUCGGACUUUCCACUUCCUGAACUCCAAGACCGAGUCUCUCUUCCACCAGCGCAAGAACCCCCGCAAGUUCGACUGGACUGUUGUCUUCCGCAAGAUGCACCGCAAGGGUAUCAGCGAGGAGGUUUCCAAGAAGCGCACCCGCCGUGCUGUCAAGUACAACCGUGCCGUCGUCGGUGCUUCCUGGGAGGCCAUCAACGCUCGUCGUACUGAGAAGACCGAGAUCCGUUCGGCUGCUCGUACCGAGGCUGUCACCAAGGCUAAGGAGGCUCGCAAGGAGGAGGCUGCCAAGAGAAAGGCU